ACAACCAACCGUCCCCCCCGCUCUCUCCAGCCCCCCCACUCCACUCACACAAACGAGCUCCACGACAGAGUUUGGCAGCCUUUCUCCUGGUGCCUCUGACUCUAUUCUUCUCUAAUUGAGAUUAGACAGCAGAUGUGGAGAGAGUAGGAGGAAGAGAGAGAGAGAGAGAGAGAGAGGCAGAGUGCGAGAGAGCAGGAGAGACAGUGAGAGUCAGUCAGGAUCAAUCUGCAGAGAUUGCAUGAAGGGAUAAUCUAGAUAAGAGUCCGAGAAAGGAGAGGGAAGAGGAGCUCGAAUAUCUCAGAGAAGCUUCCACCAUACAAAACACCAACAAUUUGUACAAGUAAGUUCUGGCUCUUUGGGUUCCACGGGCAUUCACAGACAACUCCAUGGAGUCUAAGACCUCGCUGGAUUCUGAGCCUGCGUCUCUCAGGCAGGCAGUGGGCUACUUUGAGGGGACUUUGCAAGAGGCGAUCAAGGAGGUGCACGUGGACAUUAGUGCUUUGAAGAGGGAGGUCAAACAGCGCAUUGAGGACAUGUUAAAAAUGCUGAGCCCCCUCUCGCAGACACUGAACCACCUCCAGCAGGAGAACCAAGAGCUGCGGGACCAGGUGCAACAGCUUUCCCAACAGGUAGAACGCUUGACAACGACAGCCAGUGCCAGCGGCAAUCAGUGGCCAGGUGAAAGAGCCGAGACUAGCCAGCAAGCUCCGGAUGGAACCACAAUCUGGUCAGCUCCCCUCAGAUCCUCGACUAGAAUCAAUCCCGAUGAACAGCCGGCAGAGCAGAAUGGGGCACAAGGCGGCAAAUUAACAAAACUCAGUGCAGAAGUGAACAUGCUGCACUCCACAAGAGGGAAGGAACUGACAACAGGCCGGCAGGGCCCAGCCACUGCGUUACAGGAACAUGAGCCUGCAGCAGUGGGCCUCGCUCACCUGCCCAUCACCGCGGUUACCAAAUCUGGGGAGAAAUUCUCCGCGGAAAUGUCAACGAGCACGACCUCGCGAUCGGAAAAUCUCAGCCAAUUGGCUGAAAACAGGCACCAGACGGAGAGCAUCAGUCAAACUGUGCACCAAUCAGACAAGAAUGUCAGUGUCAGUAAGACCGCCUCUUCUAUCAGUUACUCGAUGUCCAGUGAUGCUCAAUCUCCAUCCAGUGUACUCAAUCUUUAUCCAGACCCAGCCACCAAAUCCCAAUCCCCCCCUCCUACCCUGCCUCGCCAGGGCGAGAAGCGCCCUCUGCUGAUGAGGUCACAGACACUGCCCCGGACAUCUGGACCCCAAUCCAGGAAGGCUCUCUUCGAAAAGUUUGAACAGGAAGGCACAAGGGGCAAAGUUGGAGCUUCAAAAGGAAAGCUCCAACGAUCCCAAAGCUUCGGCGUUGCCAGUGCAAGUAGUAUCAAGCAGAUCCUUCUGGAGUGGUGUCGCUCCAAGACAAUAGGAUACAAGCUGAUUGAUAUCCAGAAUUUCUCCUCGAGUUGGAGCAAUGGGAUGGCGUUCUGUGCUCUCGUCCACUCUUUCUUCCCUGAAGCCUUCGAUUACAAUGAGCUGAGCCCCAGUAACCGCAAACAGAACUUUGAGCUCGCAUUCGGCACGGCUGAGAAGAUGGCCCAAUGUGACAGGCUGAUUGAAGUGGAGGACAUGAUGGUGAUGGGGAACAAACCGGAUCCCAUGUGCGUGUUCACCUACGUCCAGUCGCUCUACAACCACCUGCGGCGUUACGAGUAAAUCCCCCUUCCUCACGACUGUCGAGACUGGGGAGGGAGAGGCACAGUGGGCUCAAUGCCUUGCCCACUCUCCCAGCCUGGCAGAGUCAAAGAGCAGCAUCGCAGGUGGCAGCACCAACGUUUUGCAGCAGAGAGGAGGCACCCUGAGCGAAUAUAAACCACACCAUUUUCAGUGCUCACAGCAGAAAAAUAAAGGCCACCUACACAGAUGUAGCAGCUCACUUAAGAUUAAAAUAAAAAGAGUUUAACU